AUGCAGAUGAUCGAGGUCGAAGCUUCGCACCGGGUAGAGAGGCAAGCGAAGGCGCUGCAGAGCAAGCUUACCUUCAAGGACCACCAGCUCACCACGGCAAGGAAAGACCACACAAGCGCGGUUCGAGAGCUCAAUGAGGAGCGGACCAAGCGGAAGCAGGAGUCGGAGCGGGCGCAGUGGGAGCGGGAGGAGGCAGUGGCCGCGGCGGCGAAGGCCGGAGCGACGGAAGCAGCGGCGGCGGUGGCAGCGGCGGCGGCGGUAGCGGCGGCGGCGGGAGGGCCCGCCUCUCGAGGCUCCACAAGCGGAGGAGAAGAAGAACGCCGAAGCGGCGGCGGCGGAAUCGGAGUACCGCGGCCGGCCGGGCAGCGCGGCAACGGAGCAGACACGCGGCCGGCACCGGCGGCGGCGCUGGCGGAGGUGAUCCUCUCGGAGAUGUCGGACGACGUCAUGGUGCUGCUGAGCGCCGGCGGCCGCGGCGGUGCUACAGCAGCAGGCCGCUCUUCUUCUAGUGACGACGGUUGCGGCGACGAGGACACGGAAGGCAGCAGCAGCAGCAGCAGCAGUAGCGAUGAUGACGACGAAGGCGAUGGUUUCUGGAGCCAGGGAUCCUCGUCGGACCCUUCUCCGCGACAACACCGCGGCGGCGGCAGCGAUGACGAUGAGGAAGAAGAAGAAGACCAAGAACCGAUGUCGCCGUCCUCUAUCACCGCUGCCGCCGAUGCCGCUCCGGACUCGGCGUCCCCCGUGCGGCUGGCGCCGUGGGAGCACAGGCUGGGCGCGGACGAGAUGGCCAGCGAUAGCCCGAGGAACAGCUUGGUGGUGGAGGAGGAGGGGGAGGAGGAGGGCUGCGACAGCGAUAGCGGCGACGACAGUGGUGGUGGUGGUGGUAGCACGACGGACGACGAACAGGAGGAGGAGGAGGAGGAGGAGCUGCUGGAAGUGCGGCGGGAGCUGUCGUCGCGGAUGCUCUCUUGCAUGGUGGGCCUGCUUGACGGGGAGGCGUUCGCCGGCGACCUGCUGGGUGUCCUUGCCGGCUUCCUGGAGACGCUGCCCGGCGAUACGGACCACGAGCUCGGGAUUCUCGUGAGCGCGGCGAGGCUGGUCCACCUUACCCUGGCCCUCACCCCGCUGGCGGCCCGCACCGUGGCCUUAGCCGACCCGGAUGAUGUCUCAGACGUUGACGAGGAAAGCGGCGACGGCGGCGGCGAGGAGGCUGCCCCUGUCGACCGUAGGCUAGGCCUAGAAGAAGAGGAGCCUAUCGCGGGCGGCCCUAAAGGGAAGGGGAGAAAACGCGAACGCUCCGAGUUAGGCGGAGCUUCGAGCGAGCAAGGCGAAGAGGAGGAGGAGGAGGAGAGAGAGGGCCUCGGCCUAGCGAUUGGAGGUGGCGACGAAGGCCAAGCUCGGGAAGGUUGGGAGGGCGGCGGCGGUGGCCGUGGAUCGACGCCGCCCCCGCUCCCGACGCUGUUUAUCGCCGGAGUCCCGGUGCCGUCGGAGGUUGGCGGUGAUGUCCCCGUCACCUACGGGAGCAAGGCUGUUUCCUCGGACGGCGGCGGCAGCGGUGAGCCGGAAGCCGGCGAAGCGGCGGAGGAUCUGGGGAGGAGGAUACAGGAUCGGCUGGUGGCUUUUUUCCACCACGGCGUGGCGUGCGACUGCCCCGCGCUUGUCGAGGUCUGCUUGCAGGCUACCCUGAGCGCGAUCUGGGACAGGCAGGGUCCAGAAUUACUCGCAUGGGGCGACCUGGUCGACUCCAACAGCUUCAACCACGUCAUGUCGUCUGACCUGUUCCGACCGGCCUGGCAAAUCGGCGCCGAGGUUCUGAGCGUCCUCUUGCGCAAUGCCGACAUCUUCCGGGAAAUCGCCGUCGACAACGAGUUGGAACAGCAGCGAGAAGAAGAAGAAGAUCAAACUUCGCCGGCACGACAGCCGCGGUCUACGACGGAGAUGCCUUCCGCAGAUGUCGGAGAUCGUGGUUGUGGGGCGGCGGAGAAGUCGGCGAAGACUGAUGCAACCGCGAUUCCGACUCCUCGCUCGGGGGCGACGGUGCUGGAUGGGGGAAACUUCGGGGGUGGUGCCGGUGAGGCGGGCGCGGGAGACAGAGAAGGGGGCUUGGAGGACGAGGGCUUCGAAGAUUUUGGAGAUUCGUUGCUGCGACGGCUAUGCCUGGACGCUGUGGCAGUCGGAGAGUACGCUCCUUUCGGGAAGGACGUCGGGCUUCGACUGUCGGUCAUCAAGCUCGUGUUCAGCGCCUGCCAGGCCUACGGCGAGGAGGCCGCUCGAUCCUUGUUCGGAGCGGACGGCUUUCGUGUCGGAGACGAAGCGGAGGGUGGCGGUGGCGGCCGUUCGUCGUUACGGGGAGGGGGUGGGGGGGAGGAGGAGGAGGUGCGUGAGUUGAUCCCCGCCCUCGUGGACUUCGUCCGGCUGGAACUCGAGGACUGGGAGAGGAGAAGAUACUCGGAGGCCGCCCCCAAGGGAAGUGACCCGCACGAAGACAGAGAUAGGGUUGAACUCCUCAAGCAGACGUUUCAGCUCCUCUGGGCGCUCGCCAUGCACACCCCGCUACCGCUGCGGGACAUGGCCCAGGGCGCGGGGAUGUUCAACACCAUGGUGAGCGUGGUGUCACGGUUCUACAACAGCGCGGAGAUGGAGGAGUUCCAGGUGCACAAGGAGGCCAUGAUGCUCAUGGAGAAGAUGAACUGA